CACAUACGUAACGGAAUCGAGAAAUUGACAUUUAUUCUAAUUCUCGUGUAGCGGCCAAAAUCAGCUGACGACGAAUCGGCCCAAUCGGCCGUCAGCCGAGAUAAAACGAUUCGCUUUAUUGCGCUAUCGUCGCGCGUGUGCGUCUCAGUAGUGUGCGUUGCAAUAUAAUAAUAUAAUAAUAUAUGCAACACAAAUCGGUGUGAUUGUACUGCGCCGCACCAAUGACGACGACGACGACAACGAUGACAGUUGUGCUCUUUUUUUGGUCUGUUUUGACAUUUGACGAGUCAAUAUGGCAUCCUCGUCACAGAUGAGAGUCCGCAAUCUUUCGCGGUUAUUUUAGAGGGCUUUAUUCUCGCUAUUCCGCAAAGUCGCGUGUCGUAUUUGGACUCGGUAUUAAAUACUUCUGGCAGGGAAAUUCGACAAAUGACGCGAUUUCGGAUUAAUCGCGGUUAUCCUUGAUUUUAACACAAUCCUCGCGAUAGGAAUGUUUAGUCAGUAUAUUAGUUCUCCACUUCCGCGUAUUAUUACGUAAUCAUAAUAUUUAAAACACUAUCACAUCCGAGCGAUACUGGCAAGAAUAUGCACUUUCCUCCAUUGAUGUUCUGUUUUGAUUAGGAAAGUGCCCGAGAAAGUUUACAGUUUCUUUUAUACAAUUAAUUCGUGCACCAUUCACGUGACGUUAUUUUGACAUACGUUUUGACACGGAAGAAAAUUCUUCCGUUUUAUAUCAUCCUAUUUGACAUCAUAUGAUCUAAUAUGCGCGGGUACGAGAUUGUGAAUACACAGAUGACUAAUGUUGUAUGAAAAGUCAAUAGAGUAAAAAAGGACCAGAAAUUGUUAAAUGACAGCAGAAAUAUAAAAUGUUUGAAUCUCCAAGAAGUCUCCAGGAGGUUUGCAUCGAUUUCAUCUGCGGUAACGUUCUAGGCUUGUGCGAGGUUCAUCUCGGUGAUACAAGUCUACAUUCUUCCACUACUCCUAAUAGUACCAUUGUUUCCGAUCAACAAGAUGUCUGUACAUUGAAUAGUAAUAGUGCAGAAGUUGCUUUUGAUACUACAAUAGGUAGAACAUUAUCUAAUGAUGCUCCCUCCAACUCUGCAACUCGGCUUACCUUUAAGCAUCCAGACGCCUUUUUGCCGGCCGAAGUGUCGGAGCAAUUAUUAUCCAACCUGUGUGAAAAAAAAACUUUGUCCGACUUGACAAUUACACUUUUUGACUCCAAGACCACUAGAUUAAGGCAUGUACGACUGAAAGACGCGUCGACAUUAUCAGCUAAAGGCUUAAGUGUUCUUAAGCAACAUAAAGUUAUAGAUUUAAUAGUAAAUGGACUUAAAAUAACUGUUAAUGAUUUAAUUAGUUGUUUAGGUGAUUGGAGUAUACAAAAUCUUAGGUCGCUAAGUGUAGCUAAAGGAAGCUUUAUGGAUUUUUCAAGACAACGCAUGGUAGAUAUUGCAACAUUAAACAAAUUAAAGGCGCUUCACACCUUGAAUGUCUCAGGGACAGAAUUUAAUAAACAUGGUUUGGACAUAGUAGUCGAAGAUCUUCCCCUUUUAGAGAGCUUAGAUAUAUCUUGUACAAGAGUUGAUGAUAUAACACCGUUAAGAAAAUGUAAAGAUCGUUUAAAGACAUUAAAUAUGUACAAUUUAAAAAUAAGUGGGUGUGGAAGUUUAAUACCAGUAUUACUGGAGUUAAAUGAAUUAAGGCAUUUAGACAUUUCCGAUGAAAAAGAUCCACACGGUUUUGAAGUUUUUGCACCAGCUAGGCCAAAAAUAACAGAUUUUCUAAGAGCUCUUAAUUGUAUGCCUUAUUUGACGACUUUAGAUUUGUCGGGUGAGUAGAGAGUGAUA